GAACGUUAAAAUGCUAGAUUUAAGGCCUUAAGCUAAUUGCAAAGCUAUUCCAACUCUUGAAACUGCUAGAUCUAGCCGGAAAUAAGCUAAUGUGGCAGCACUGCCGGACGAAUUUCAAACAACAACUACAAAAAGAGACAUCUGUUUAAAUAUUGUCCAGAAAAAUGAGCAGCGAGUCCCCUAAAGCGCAAAUGUCUCAGGAGAAGAUCGUGGGCCACUUUCAACAGCUGAGGAAUGAGCAAAGGAACUUGGUCAAUAGCCUCAAUACGCUGGAAAUGGACCUGCGCGAGCACAAGACUGUGAUAGAAACUCUUGAAACUGCAGAUCCCGAACGAAAGUGCUUUCGUCUGAUUGGCGGGGUGCUAUGUGAGCGUACGGUGAAAGAUGUGCUACCACAACUAGUUGAGAACAAGGAUUUCAUAGAGAAAACUAUUACGAUGGUAAAGGAGGAUGUGGCUAAGAAGGGUGUGGAGCUGAACAAAUUCAAGGAGGAGCACAAUAUCAGAAUACGCGGCGAUCAAAUUGGAACAGAUGGCGCCAAGGCGGAAGAAGCGGAAAGCGGCAGCAAAGCGGAAAAUCGCAAUGUCUUAGUAUCUUAAACUGCGAGCUGGGAAAUGCCAAAAAAAUCUUAAAAAGCGAAACAAACGAACGAAGCGUAUUUAUUUGUGUCCCUGAUAAUGGUGAUUCUAAUGUUAUAUGUAAUUUUUUUAGCUAUAAGGCCGAAGGCUACACCUUUCAUGUCUCUCACACACAUAAAAACAACACACACGCAUAACAUUCGCCCAGUUGGCUUGGAAUUAAAAAAGAAAUAACCAUAAACGUGAA